AUGGAAACCCGAGCACGCUAUACAGUCUUCGAUGAUCUCACUUCAAGUUCAUCUCAAAAUACCUUGAUGCAUGACAAGUCUGAGAAAUGUGAUUCCAUGUUUGAAUUAACAAAGCCCCAAUAUACUAAAAAUAAAGAUCAAAACAAGAAUAUGCGCACCAGGCUCGUACGAUGUUUGAGGAAAUUAGCACGUUUUAGGAUGAAAAGGGACACAUGGAUAGCCUUUGCAUUGAUCAUGUUGGUUGGCUGUAUAUUCAUUCUGGGCUCUGCUGGCGCAAGUAUGGCUACGUCAAAAUAUCUUGUUGACAGCGCUAUUGCUGAUCAUAAAGUUGAUUGCACUCCAUGCAACUUUUCCAGUUUGUUUGGCUGCGAUACGGUCAACUACAUCUGGCACCGUCGGCAAUCUCGUAGUAGUAGUAGUUAUUGUGGUAAUUGCGAUAUUCAUAGCAUCUACGUAUGUUUACAUCAUAUGGAGAAUGAACCACCCGCGGAAACCGAAGAAAUAUAUUAG